GCUAGGCCUUGGCCAUAGUAGGAUGUGUAAUUUCACCACCCGCACAGUGUUUUAUCAGAUACGAAGCGUUCUUACUCUUUGUUCACCAAGGAUUGUAGGCACAGAAAUUACAGUGUUGCCUGUGAAAACGAUGUUUUAAUAAUUUUGUACCAUCUGGAAUGGGCGAGCGGACACUGGAACUUCUUUAUAGUCGCUGCUGGUCCUUUAUAGUGGCUUUACCUUCUAAAGACGCUCAUAAACCCGUGCCCAGGAAAUAAACAGCCAUGGAAAAUAGUUAAUUCUGUUAUAAACAACUAAUAAACCGAAGAAAAGGACUGUAUUUAUGGUGUGCUGUGAAAGUUUACAGGAAGGCAUGAGCUGAGCGGAUUUUGCAGAAAAUGAAGAUUGGACGUGAGCUACGUGCGCAUCCAGGAGUAGACGACAUGACAUGGAGAGACUGCAAAACACGGACCUGUUAAAUACACAGGCACGCCAGAGUAUCUGUUCACCACAAGAGAGAGUCACCAAUGGCUGUUGUGAGUCUCACGCGGUGAGUACAAUGGGUCUGAACGCGACCACGGCGGAGGAGCUGCUGGCAGGACAUGCGUCUAGAUCUGGAUCCGGGAUCAAGCUUUUGAAGGAGUCCAAGAGCUGCUUGCCUUUGUAUAAUGGUGGAGUGGUAUCCCCUUCACCUACAGCAGAAGAAAGGUAUCAAUGUGUGCCUGCGCAGACGCACAGCGGGUGUUUACAUCUAAAUAGACUAGUGGAGACCCCCAAUGGGGGACCCACAGCUAAUGGGGACAGGCCUUUGAAGAAGCCUUGUGGAGAUGUGCGGUUCAGACAACUCCUGCACCAGAGCAGAAAAGAUGAGGAAAACGGAGACUUUGGGGCCCAUGGUGGUUGUCCCACAACGGGAUCUGGAUCUAGCGGUUCUUCAGAAACGUCCCAUGGACCGGACCCUCCGUAUCCUCCACUUGAAUGCAAAAGGAGGAGGUUUGAAACGGACUCUAGUAAAAGCACAUGGGCUGUUACGCCCCUCGCAACCAAUUACCAACACAAAAACGGUGGUGUUCCCAGCUCCAUGUCAUCCCCCGGUUGGGUCCAUCACAAUGGGCACAAAGUUGCAGUGAACCAUGCACCCCCUGGCCAGGCUGAGGUGCGGUCCGCGCCACCUGCGGUGGCCACCAGUGCAGGCUGGUCUCCAGAGCACAUGGCUCAGCAGUACAUAGUUCCUUCUAUGAAGUUUUACGGCAUUUGUGUCAAAGAUGGCUUCCUGGGCGAUCGACUGGGGAGUAAGGUUCUGGAGGAAGUGGAGACUCUAAAUAACAGCGGGAAGUUCAGAGGAGGCCAGUUGGUCAGCAAAAAAAACAUCCCAUCUAAGAACAUCCGUGGAGACCAGAUAGCCUGGGUCGAAGGCAAUGAGCCGGGCUGCGAGAACAUUGGAAGCCUCAUGGCUCACAUUGAUGAGGCCGUCAUGCGCAGUGCGGCCAAUGGACAGCUGGGGAAUUAUGUCAUAAAUGGCCGCACCAAGGAGGAAUAGAGGAUAGGAAGAGAUUGGGGCUGUGGAUCUGGAAAUGGUACAAGCCAAAUUCAAACGGAUGUUGCCCAUAUGAGCACCUCAUCUCAACAUGUCAUGUAAA